AGCUCAGCGAGAAGGUGGGCUAAUUUCACGGCGUGGAGUUUUCGCAGCUUUUUUGGCGCAUCACGUGUGCCUGGCUGUGAACGCGGUGCUCAGUAUCCACCCUGUGGCUCCCCGCCUCCUCCGAGGAGCGUGUACAGUAUGAGCAAGUGACUUGAUUAGAGGAAGGUCGAUUUAUGUGCGAAACAGCAGUAUUCAUCCUGCCUCACAUUGUAUUUCAAGAAGUUAAGAGACGUCGUGAAGGGGAAAAAAGGUCGGAGCUCCGAGUUGGCAGGUGUGAGUGAAGACAUCGUAGUAUAACAAAACUGCUCAGAAAAGGUACCGUACAAGGCGGCCAUGAAAAAGAUGGACAACACAGCCAAAGGCAGCUGGACCCUGGACAACAAGCCUACCUCCUCUGCAGUGAAGAACUCCUGCCACCCCAAUCUGAAGUUGUUCCUUGCAGCCUUGUCCUUUGCCUACUUUGCCAAGGCUUUAUCUGGCAGCUACAUGAAGAGCACAAUUACACAACUAGAGAGGCGAUUUGACAUCCCCAGUUAUCUGAUUGGCAUCAUAGACGGGAGCUUUGAAAUAGGGAAUUUGCUGGUGAUUGCCUUUGUGAGCUAUUUUGGUGCCAAACUCCAUCGACCCAAGAUCAUAGCAAUCGGGUGCAUAUUGAUGUCUUUUGGGACCUUUUUGAUCGCCAUGCCUCAUUUCAUCAUUGGCCGCUAUAAGAUCGAAACAUCAGUUAGAUCUUCACUGAAUUCAACCAAUAACCUCUCUCCAUGCCCAGAAAGCUCACCUGAGUCCACGAGGGCAGGUGACAGACCAUCUAUGCUUCCCUCUAGAGGCUGUGAGCGAGAGUCCAGUGUUUCGAUGUGGAUCUAUGUGUUUCUGGGAAACGUCCUGCGUGGUAUUGGAGAGACUCCUGUACAGCCUCUGGGAAUCUCCUACAUUGACGAUUACGCACAGUCCGAGAAUGCUGCCCUCUACAUUGGAUGUGUCCAAACCAUAUCAGUUAUUGGUCCUGUUUUUGGGUACCUGCUGGGGUCACUGUGUGCCAAAAUCUACGUUGACAUUGGCUAUGUGGACAUGGAGACAGUAACUAUCACCCCUGGUGAUGCUCGCUGGGUGGGGGCGUGGUGGCUGGGCUACCUCAUCGCUGGUACUAUCACCCUCAUGUCUGCUGUUCCUUUCUGGUUCCUGCCUAAAUCACUGCCCAUGCCUGUGGAUAAACACGAUACCAGCUGUACUCCCGAGCAAGCCAGGUUUAUUAAAGACUCCCCAACACUGGAGCACAAGUUCAGACCUGAAGAGCCAGCUAAUUUACAUCAGAUGGCCAAAGAGUUUGUGCCAACAUUGAAAAAUCUCCUUGGAAAUCCUGUGUACAUCAUCUACUUAAGUGUAACCAUCAUUCAGUUCAAUUCUCUCAUCGGGAUGGUCACCUACAAACCCAAAUACAUCGAGCAACACUAUGGCCAGUCGGCAUCAAAAGCCAAUUUCCUCAUGGGCAUGAUCAACAUCCCGGCUGUGGCCCUAGGGAUGUUCUCUGGAGGGGUUGUCAUGAAGAAGUACAAGCUGGGUAUCAUGGGAGCAGCUAAAUUUGCUUUUGGGACCUCCCUGCUGGGUUACUUCCUGUCGCUCUUUUUCUUAGCCAUGGGCUGUGAGAACUCCAAGGUGGCAGGCAUUACAGUUUCCUAUACUGGAGUGGAAGGCUUGUCUCAUCAGGAACCGUCUCUCUUCUCUGACUGUAAUUCGGGUUGCUUGUGCUCCAGGAGGGAGUGGGAUCCAGUUUGUGGGGCGAACGGGAUCACCUAUGUGUCCCCCUGCUUGGCUGGAUGCAUCUCCUCCACCGGCUCUGGCAGGAAUACGGUGUUUGACAAUUGCAGGUGUGUAGCGCUGGCUGACACACACCAUGGCAACCUGACGGCCACUCUGGGCCAGUGUCCACGCAGGGACAGCUGUGACAGAAUCUUCCCUUAUUUCCUGGCUCUGUCCGUCCUCAGCUCCUUCAUCAUCUCUCUUGGGGGGACACCAGGCUUCGUGCUGCUUGUCAGGUGCAUUAAGCCUGAGCUGAAAUCUCUCGCUCUUGGAAUUCACACAUUGGCCACUCGAACCCUCGCUGGAAUACCUGCCCCUAUAUACUUCGGAGCCAUAAUUGACACAACAUGCCUCAAAUGGGCAUACAAGAUGUGCGGAGGAAGAGGAGCAUGCAGACUAUAUAACACCUCAGCGUACAGGAUCGUGUACCUGGGUCUGACACUGGGCUUGAGGACAGUCUCCUUCUUCCUUUGUAUUUCAGGCUUUGCUCUACUCAAAAGACAUAUUAAGAGGGAGGAGAAAUAUGCUCUGACCAAUGGGAGCGUAGAGCUGGAGUCGCUAAGGAAAGAAGAGAACAGCUCCAUACACUGUGAGCAGUUUUUGUCAGCCUCUGACUGCAAUCCUGACAGAGAGACUCGUUUAUGAGCCUCUGUUCGAACCUCUCCUCUUCUGACUCUGAGGUAUAGAGGAACACACACACUGUGGACACUUUUCAUAGCACACAGAGUAUAUAUUUGUACAGGACUUGUGUAGACGUAUCCAAAGCAAGAGUCAUUUUAAAAGAAAAAACUAAAUUUAAUUUUAAAAUUUGUGUUUGUUUGUUUGUUUGUUUGUGUUUUUCAUGGAUGGAAAACUUUUGUAGAAAAGGAGAAUGUAUUGUGCUGUAUUUUCUAUGUUGGUCUUCGUUUUUAUGAUUAAACUUGA